AUGAGUCAAAUUCAUCUGCGACCAUACAUGGCAAUGGAAAUGGCUGAAAAUGAAAGCAUUAAUCAUAAAUAUUGCAGUCGCAUAAAUUCCUGGGCAAACGAACUUCAUGGAUUAACUCAGAUGUUUAUGGCGCGCACAUGGAAAGAGCGUGGUUUCUGGCUUUUUGUCAUUAUCAUUUGUCUUUUCGGUGCAUCUUUCAACACAAUUGAUGUUAUGAAUGAAUAUUUGGAAAAGCAAACAUCAACUUUGUACAUUAUUCGACAAGAAUCAAAAUUGCUGCUUCCAUCAUUAACGAUAUGCCCUAAAGAUGCUGACGCUUUCGAUGGCUACAAAGUUAUCAAAGAAAUUCAGCAAACUGUACCUGAUGUUGACGAAGAUACUGCCUUUGCUGUAAUAGAAUUUAUGGUAGCCGGUUAUGGUUUUGGAAAUAUGGAACAAAAAGUUACAAGUUGGACCAGCAGUGAAAUUCACAAUUUAUCAUCAAUUUUCGAUCAGUGGCGGGGUAAUCGAUCAUUGGUCGAAAUUUUCAUCAAAAUUUUCGAAACUGACGGUUAUAAAUGUCAAGAUAUUAUGGAGAGUUGUAUACUUGAAAGCCAGAAAGUUCCGUGCUGUGAUCUGAUGGAAUCUGUAUAUGUAUUAAUUCGUGGACGGUGUUUUCGAUUGAAGCCACUUAAUCAAACAACUACCAUCUCACCUGCUCUGACUAUUGCAAUUCGCUCGAUUCCCAGUUACUUUUCCAAUCAAGGUGGAUGGCAGGCUCUAUUGGUAUCGUAUGUGUCAGAUUACACACCUUACGUGCCAAUAUAUCCAAGAUAUUACAUAAAUGAAGAUGAAUGGACAACGAUGAUUUUCCAUUCGCGGAAAAUUGAAAUGCUACCAAACAGCAAACAUUGUAUAGCAGAUGAUGGAUUUGAAAGUCGAGGAGCCUGUUUUAUAAAGCAGUGGCUGAGAAAUAUUAUAAUAAAACCUUACAAUUGUACCUUGGCAUAUUUACAGAGCUUUGCUCAAAACUUGUCAGUAUGUCAUCCAAAAGUGGUUGUUCAGAAUUAUUUUCAAGCAAUGUCAUCAAAAAUAAGUAAUUUUCGGUGCUUACCUGAAUGUAAUCGGAAAGAUUUGAUUAUACAAAAGUAUUCAUCACCAAUUAUUCAUGCAUCUGAUAGAAAUAAUACCAAAUAUUUGAUUGAAAUGUCGCAUCUCGAACUGCAGUAUGAGUUGUACAAGGAAGUGACGCAGACAACGAUACCUGGGUUUAUUUCACAAAUAGGCGGACAGUUUGGUUUAUUUCUUGGAGUUUCCUUCAUUACCGUAUUGAAAAUUAUUGUAGAGGCAACAAAACUAACAUAUCAAGCAUGGCAUACUGUUAGUCGAUUGCAUAUGAUAAGCAUCAAGAUCAUCUUUCGAGAAGCAUAUCAGAAGCCAAAAAAAAGCCAAAGGAUUCUGCUCAUUACUACUGGAGUACUUGAGCAAACUAAACUCCUUGCGCUGAAACUAACAAUACCUUUACUCCGUCUCAUACCAUCACUACAGCAAAUCAAUAGUAGUUGUGAACGCUAUACUAAAAAUGCAAGUUGA